AUCCCCAAAGUCGGAGAAGGACGAAGUGACCUCGGGAAGUCCUCCGAAUCCUCUCCGCCCUCCUCGCCAAAUCCGGAUUCGGGCUCCAACCCCUAGUUUUGCGAUUAGACCUUUUGGUUCGUCGGAAUCUAGAGUGGAGGAGGCUGACAGCGUGGAGAGGUUGCCGGGAUCUGCGAUCUAGGGCUUUCGGGCGGCCUUUCCCUUUGCUGGAUUGUUUGAUGGUUCAGUUGAGGAGUUACGAGAAGCUGCGGCCGGAUUCGGGGCUGCCGAUUACGAAGCCGACGCCGGCGCCUGCGGCGGCCGGGGUGAAGUUGGAGAUUGAGGACCAGUUGGAGGACGAACAUGGGCCGCUCGACAAGAGGCCCAAGAUGGAAACUUCUCCGCCCCAGCCGGUGGAUCUAUCUUGUUCUUUUUCUUUUCUUGUUUCAAGCGAAAGCCUCAUUCUUUGGCAUUCUCUGGCUUUGAUUGCAGAUGAUUCUCGAUGGGGAAUUGGUGGAAGUAUGCCUCCAACAGAGCUCAUUCAAAACAAUCUGCUAAAUGAGCCUAGCCCAUUGGGUCUUCACCUGCGGAAGAGUCCAUCACUGCUGGACUUAAUUCAGAUGAGGUUGUCCCAAGCAAGUGCGAGUGUGAAGUCAUCUGUCAUGAGGAAUGAGAGCUUAGAGGAUGUGAAAAAUGAAGAUUUUAAGUCUACUGGUGCUUUAGCCAACAUUGAGAAGAUGAAAGCAUCAAACUUUCCAGCUUCCCUUUUAAGGAUUGGAACGUGGGAGUAUGCAUCAAGGUAUGAAGGAGAUUUAGUAGCCAAGUGCUACUUUGCAAAGAGGAAGCUUGUCUGGGAGAUUCUUGAAGGUGGUCUUAAGAGCAAGAUUGAGGUCCAGUGGUCAGAUAUCACAGCCCUUAAGGCAACUUGUCCAGAGCAUGGUCCAGGGACUUUGGAUUUAGUGUUGGCUAGGCAGCCUCUUUUCUUUAGGGAGACUAAUCCACAGCCUAGAAAGCAUACCCUGUGGCAGGCUACUUCAGAUUUCACUGAUGGGCAAGCAAGCAAACACAGGAGGCAUUUUCUGCAAUGUCCGCAAGGUUUAUUAAACAAGCAUUUUGAGAAGCUUAUCCAAUGUGAUCCACGAUUAUAUGCACUAAGUCAAGAACUUGAUAUCAUUUUGAAAAGCCCAUUUUUUGAACCAAAGAUCUCUAUGUUUGAGGACCCAGAUGAAUAUAAGUGCCACCCAUUUGAUAAGCUGAAGGAUGAAUAUGGAUCUGCAAUUCAAAAUUUUCAAGAUUCUGCAUUGGCUUGUGCUGGCACAUCAAUUUCUGCCAAGAGUGAAAUCAGAGAAUCUACUGGUGCAUUAUCUGAUAUUUCUAUCGGCAAAAUCCACUCACCAAGCUCAGUGAUGGAUCAUAUUUCAGUGGAAACUGAUGAGAGAAAGAACCAUAACUGCUGGGAUGAGUUAAAGUACGCUGGACUCAAGCCUUCGAUGUCAAUUAGUGACUUUGUAAGUCAAAUAGAAAAUUGCAUUUCGGAGCAAAUCAGUUCGGGGAAUCCACAAUUACCUGGUACUAUACCCGACAAGAAAAUGUUGGAAGAGUUGGCUCAAUGCCUCUUCAGCGAUUCCCAGAUGCCCACCUCUGAUGAAAAAACUGUCAUGACGAAGGUAAACUCGUUUUGCUGUCUUCUUCAGAAGGAUGCUGCCUCAGUCCAAAGCCAUCAGAUGAAUGCUGGUGGCACUUCAGCUGAUGAUAGUGGCUCCCAGGAUGGUGUGUCAGAGAAGCACACACAUUCUCUUGAAGAUGAGUUCGACAAUACCUCAGGUCUCAAGACACUGGCAAACAUCUCGAGGAAAGAUUCGUUCGGGGAGCUGCUGAUGCAUCUCCCUCGUGUCGCCUCAUUGCCUCAGUUCUUGUUCAAUAUCACAGAAGAUGAAGAAGAUAGCUGUCCAUCAAACUGACUUUCUCCCAGAUGAACAUUUAGACUGUAUCUUUCCCUCUUUUUCUGUAUAGAAAUGGUAUAAAUAAAUAUUAGGGUUUCAGAAGUUGAUAACAGGAUGAAGUUCCAUCAAUGUAUAUGUGCUUUCAUGAAGUGUAUGUAUAUGUGUAUUUGGUCAUGUUGCUGGAUAAGCUGUGUUGGAAGCCCAAACUUUGGUGAUGCUAUUGGCCAAACCGGCUGAAGAAUUGUACUCAGUCACCUUUGUAAGACUUCAAUCGUACUUUUCAAUGUAGGCCUCAUUUUUCUUCA